CCGUCUCUACUAGGGUUGUGUAUCCGAUGAAUACAGUACUGGAGAAAUCCCUUGCCUUGGCCCUCUACGUAGACUAUUGCAGUAUUGAGUAUUGUAGUGACAAUCAGGGCCGGCGUGGAUCUAUGCAUGGCUUCGUGUGCAUGCAUAUUCACUGCGAUGAUGCUGCUGGUACGCCGAUGAACCAUAGCCGGCUGCCGGUGUCGGCAAGAGCAGAUCUACACGAUGAGUCUGCAACACCGCACAGGCAUAGCUCCACGCAAUGGUUACGAGUCUUACGACCCAGUUCAACAUGAACUGUAGAUAGAUCUGCUGGUGAAUGCAAGGCGGUUUGCGUGCGCGAGGAGAGGGUGCGAGCUCUUCUGUGACUUUGGUGUCUGCGAGGUGCGAUCCGGCGGCAUUUGUACUUGUAGUCGAAGCGCAGUAGAUCUACAAUCCAUAAUACCCUAUCGAUUAGGAUACAAUUGCCCGACUGGGAGAGGGAGAGCAUCGAUAGACGAUACGUUGGGCCCAGAGCGAGCGACUGCGACCCUAGUCAGCACACUACAAUCCGGUGCGCGGUCGGCGCAGACCUGCAAGUGACGUCAAGUCCAUGACCUCAAACUGACUUCUCCAGUCGCGAUCAUGAGUUGAUGGCCCGUCGAAUGUCGCCUGGCAAAGGAAUAUGGGCGAUGCACGCUUCGGAGGUAGAUCUACGUCCGUGAUGAUAACUACAGACCUAGUUGUUGACGAAUCUCCACUUGCAAUACCCCAGCGCAGAGAGUCGAAUGAUGCAGGUGGUGCGGGAGGACAUUCUCUCCCUGUUCAACACCAUUGCCGAGCGAAGGCGAAUGCUCAGAGGAGCCCCGACAUGCAAUCAACAUGGGAAGGAGAUAGCGUUGGACAAAUGAUGGAUGUUGCUCGAGGCCAGCAGACGCCACUGGCGAGGAGGCACUUCGUGUCGCUCACGGUCGUAGUUGUGUGUUUGGUGGGUGCAGUACUGCUGGGCGCAGCGUGCCAGGGCGACGCACAGCUACUCAGCCGACAAACAAACGGGAGGUGGUCCUGCAGACAUGUUCAUAAUAACAAGGAGAUAUUGAGUGGAUCGUACCCGAAUCUCGACUAUGCGCCAAUCGUGUCGCCGCAAAAUGCUGACGUCUGUGGCGACAGGUACACACCAAACGUGGACUGCAAGUACGAGGUGUUUGGCCCUGACAAGACCUUUAUCUAUGUGGAAUUCCUGAGCCUUGACUUGGACAGCGAUUGCUCAAAGGACAGCUUGUCUGUCAUAGGCAAGAGGAAGAGCAGAAAGCUGUGCGGCAGCAAGAAAAGCAGUACGCUGGAUACAUUUGUCAUCGACGACAAUGUCGCCUCAGUGACGUUUCAGUCCAAUCUGGAGUAUGCCUGUCGAGGCUUCUCGGGCUUCAUGGUUGUCUUUACACCUGGCGAGAGUUUUUUUUCACGCAGGCGGAAAAGGAAGAUCAGAUCACAGCCGGAGCUGCGCAGUGAGGCAGUCAAGGUUAUCGGGGACGGCAAGCUUCACGCCAUGCGCCAUCAGACAGAGAAGGUCUACACGAAGGGCACGUGCGAUAUCUGCACCAUGACACAAGUCAGCCAGUGCAAAUGUGCGGCGCCAUUCUUCGACAACUUCCAGAACAAGAAGAAGCAGAAAGAUGAGAGCAUGACGUUGCUCUUGGGUUCAAGCGACACUGUGAAGCACAACUACAUCCUCUAUAGCAAGCUCAGCCGCACCAGGGCAUCUCAUCCGAGCCAAUCAAGAACCAGGUCAUCCCGUCGAACAAGCCGACCGAGCAGUGGAACUCGUCGAACUUCAAGAACAAGUCGACCACGCAGUGGAUCUCGUCAAACUUCAAGAACAAGUCGACCACGCAGUGGAUCUCGUCAAACUUCAAGAACAAGUCGACCACGCAGUGGAUCUCGUCAAACUUCAAGAACAAGUCGACCACGCAGUGGAUCUCGUCGACCUUCAAGAACAAGCCGAAACAGCAGUGGGUCUCGCCGAACUUCAAGAACAAGCCGACCAAAGAGUACGACUUCAAGACGCCCCAAGGCUUCUCAAAGGGCAUCAAGACCAACCAGACGAUCCACAAGAGUCAAACCGCGGCCAGGAAGGAGCUCGAGACGUACAACACGUUCUAGAAAGACUGGAAGAAGCCAGUAUUCAAGACGAGGUUCGAAAAGUCGAGGCCGAAAGAAACGUUCCUCAGAUGGUGAGGAUGACCCGCACCCUACUUUUCUUUUCAAGAUCCAACCCGGCGUUAGUCCUGAGUUCCUCCGGGCACAAAGCAGCUACAACAAAACUAUUGAUCAGGUUCACUUGCGGGAUCAGACUAAAGCUAGGGCUAUCAGCCAAGGAAUGGACCGCAGCAAUCAAGAUUUGCACGCAGACGGGACAAUGCGACCAGUAGACAUGUACUCAAUGAGAGCUCUUGCUCGAGUCAGACGAGAUCCGAGCCAGUCUGAGGAGGACUCAGACAAGCAGUGUGUGUGCCGCCGCUGAGCCGCAGUCCGCCAGCCAUGUAUUCCCCUCAGUGACGUUUCUGGAAGUUGUUUCGUCAUGGGGCCGUUUGAUCAUGCUGCCGAUGCUGAACAAUUGUAUGCCGGCAAAUAAUCGCGGCUGCACUGCAGUGUAGAUACCAAACAUGAGAGUCAAGAUUGAAAAUCCUUGAGCAAAACACCGAUGGGCCAUGGCGUACCCUCCUUGUCGGUAUGCCGCAUGUGCGCGCAUCCUGGACAUCUGAUGGCGUGUCUCAUGCUCAGCCGAGCCAGGCCGCUGCUGCGAGCCGAAAAUGAAGGGCUCCGCGGCGCUCUGCCACAUCACAGUUUGGUUGUUUGGUCAGUUUGGUCUGGUUUUGUUAUUAAUUUUCGGUUCGUUGCCUCAACAGUACAAAAAGUACAAAUUUCAAGAGUGGGACGAACGAGAAGCUGAGAAACGUGGAACAGAACAGAAAGGAAAAUGUACCGCCAUCGCCGUUCUAUCUCGCACAAUGUGACUCAACAGAGAGUCAAACAAUUCCUCAUAAUAAUUAUUAUCAACACUUGAAAGAUCCACUUCCAUGAGCCCGUAUACUGAGUACUACUGACUGUAGCGGUACAUUUUUCCCCUGAACCGUAAUUAUUUUUGACACACACACUCUAUUCUUAUGGUGGGGUGACAUGUAUUUUUUUACCGGCCAUCAUGCUAGUAGUUCUCCCCCCCCCCCCCCCCCCCCCCCGGCUGCUGCUGAUUCUUAUGCAUCGCUGUCAUGCAGACCAUGAUUUGCAUGCCCGUAUUGCCAGUGCCCGCAUCACUAGGCUAGCCAGAUUGAUGCUGUUCAAACGAAAUCCGGAACAUAUGGCCGAAAAUCCGGCGCUCGUUCCGCGUAUGCGGUGCAGUGCUCUCGUAGACCUACGUUGCAGUAUGAUUUUCAGUGUCACGGUCACUAUCGGGAAAUGCAAAGUGCCUUCAAUUCAAAAUGGGCAACCUGUUUGUCUUGCCCCCUACAAUUUUCCUACUUGCUAGAGUGACCCUCCCAGUG